AUGACCGCCAACUUGCCCCAGGAAAAACCCACCAACAAAACCAAGGACGAGGUCAACUCGGAUGUGACGAAAGAGAAGAAGGACAUGGAUGAAAUCGGUGUCCCAGAGAAAAAGAAAUACGACCAUGUGGUUGUUGAAGAGCACCAGUACGGCGUUUGGAAGGUCUUUCUGUGCGACAAACCCCAAGAAACAGUAUCAGAUCGCGUUCCGAGGUUCUACAUGGACGUAUACUCCCUGUCCCCAGUUCUCUUCCUUGCCAUGACCGGCUCCUGGUUUUGGGAGUCUCUGGAAAGUGCAAUUACCAUGUACCUGACAAACGAUAUGCUGCGUGCGAUCGAAGCCGGUCUCGCCCAGAACAAGCCCGUCGUCUGGGCAGUCAUCAAGGCUCUGGCGUCUCGCGCUCUCUGCUCGGGGCUCUUGUCCUAUAUCUCUUCCCAAAGGUGCUGUGUAAGCUUCAGCCCCCAGUGUGGCAUCCUCGCUUACCAGAAGCUGGCCACAGGUGACGUCGAAUACGAAGAAGAAGAGCUUUGGAAUGCGUUCCUGUCCCUCCACUGUGGUCUAGGGAACUUAUUUGCGGCCGUGUUGGAGCUGUUUGUCAUUCUGAAAAGCACCAACAUCCCGUAUAGCUAUAUCUUUCUCAUUCUCCACUUCGUGCACUCCUUCCUCAGGGACUUCCUCGGUACAUUCCGCCGUAGCCGAGAGUGCAUGUCCUAUAGCUGGAUCAAUAACACGGGCUAUGUGCGAGUGAAAGCUCUCGAGUCCCUGGUUUCGUCUUAUUAUCGGCAAGAUGUCAUCUGCGGGGAUCUAGCCGACUGGAUAUUAGAUGCAGAACUCAAAGGUGCUUGGGCAAAACUCGAGAUUUUGCCAACAGGAUUCCCAUGGCACUUCUUUGAAGGCGGGGUAGGGCCUUUAGGCGAUAUGCUGAAGACAAUGCUGGAUGACGGUCCGAUGGCUCUUUGUCUAGUGAUGGCUGUCUUGGGAAGCGCCGAGUCGCUUUCCAUGGCAAACAUUGCCAUACUUCAUACAUCUUUAUCAACGCUUCGACGUACCACUUCCCGCUUUGACGGGAACCUGGGAACGAUUAGGCACUACACUAUGGCCAUCUUCGGUAGUUUCAGCGACUUGUGUUUCUCAUACCUCGGAAGGCAAGGCAGCGUCAAUGCACUUCAAGACAUCAAUCUCACAAUUCCCGCCGGGAGUGUCGUCGUCGUCGUCGGCGAGAACGGUAGUGGGAAGUCGACUUUGAUCAAGAUUCUCUCUUGUUUGAACACUCCUACUACUGGCUCAUUCCUCAUCGACGGCAAGCCGGCAGAUGAGUACGAGCCCCAUGAUCUGAGACAGGCUUCUGUGAUCCUCAGCCAGGAUAGCCAACUCUAUCCUCUCUCAUUUGCUGAGAAUAUUGGACUGGGAUGCGUCAACCUGAAGUCGGACGCGUCCCUGGUGCAGGAAGCUGCAGAGAAAGGCGGUGCGAUGGAAUUUAUUUCGAAGUUGGAAGCAGGGUUGGAUACAGUCCUGGACCCUCUGGAAUUCGCGUCUCCCAGGAAGGAUCGGAUUCCGGACGACGACGAUCACCCCCUCACCAAGAUUGUCAAUAAUUCCCCCAAAAGUAUCGAUAUUUCCGGGGGCGAACGUCAAAAACUACUCGCUGCACGCGCAUUUAUGAGGCUCCACUCGGGAAAAGUUAACUUUAUCGCAGUCGACGAGCCAAGCUCAGCGUUGGAUGCCGCUGCAGAGCUUCACCUGUUCAAUGGCCUUCUGGCAGCCCGCGAGGGGAAGACAGUCGUGUUCGUCACUCAUCGCUUUGGCCAUCUGACGAAAUACGCAGACAUGAUUUUGUGCAUGAAGGAAGGGCGGAUCGUGGAGUCUGGAACCCACUCCGAACUCAUCCAGAAGGCCGAUGGCGAAUAUGCGAGACUAUAUCGCAUACAAGCCGAUGCAUUCUCUGAGUAG